UCAGAGACCUCAUUGGGAUAGCGAUAAUAGGGCUGGGCGCCAUGUUACGUGCGGAAUGUCGUCACUUGCUCUCCGCCCUGGACUUGCGGUAGCGGAAGUGGCGGCGUUUCCUGGAGACCAGUGACAGGCGGAGGCCCUAGCUACAGAAUGAAUGUUGGGGUGGCUCACAGUGAAGUGAACCCCAACACACGGGUGUUGAACAGUCGAGGAAUAUGGCUGGCUUACAUUAUUCUAGUGGGUUUUCUUCACAUAAUCCUCCUGAGCUUUCCCUUCUUCAGUGUUCCUGUUGUCUGGACCCUGACUAAUGUCAUUCACAAUUUUGUCAUGUACCUAUUUCUGCACACGGUGAAGGGGACUCCAUUUGAAACCCCUGACCAGGGUAAAGCACGACUUCUCACUCACUGGGAGCAAAUGGAUUAUGGAAUCCAAUUUACAUCCUCUCGCAAGUUCCUCACCAUAACCCCAAUUGUUUUAUAUCUCCUUGCAAGUUUUUAUACCAAAUAUGAUGUAGUCCAUUUCCUUAUCAACACUUUGUCAUUGAUCAGCGUCCUCCUUCCAAAACUUCCACAGUUCCAUGGCGUCAGGAUAUUUGGGAUAAACAAAUACUGAAGAGGACUUUCUAUCCAGAUAUCUGCCCUUCAGAUAAGACACAGUCUGCUCCGCAGAACUUGCUGGGAAAGUUGAUAUUUAUUCUUGUGCUGAAGAUAACUGGCUAUGUUACCUAGUGUGCAGAGCAGCUCUUGUAUGCAGUUGUCUUUUCUAACAGAGCUCUCAAUGAAUGUGGGCAGAAGGGUGACUUAUCAUUCCCAAAAGGUACAUCAAAGCCCCUAUUUUAGACAUUACAUCUUGGACAAUGCCUUUGUGCUUUAAAAUCAUUUAAUUGAUUUAGUUCAAUCAGCCAUAUGUUGUUUUUACUGACAGAAGAAAAAUGUACAGUGAUAAUCACCAGCUGUGCUCAACGGAAGGAAAAUGUGCUUCUUUAUAGUGGUCAGGGUAGCGUCUUUUUCCGUUUUUACCCUACAUUGAUUCUGCAGUGACUUCUUCAGCCUCUAUUUAAAUGUACAAUCCAGUCAUUGGUGAAUUUAAAUUUCUGAAUGUAUAAAGGGGAAAACAUCCACCUAU